AUGCCAAAGGUUUGGUGGGAAGAAUGCUGCAGGAACGCCAACGGCUAUUUUGGCCUGGAGGAAUUGACAGAAUCCUCAGACGCAACUGGGGAGGAGCUAUCUGGCUUGAAUUCAUGGGCUCGUUUUCAAGUCAAGGCGGUGUGGCAAGACGACCAGAGAGACGAAAAGGAAAAGGUCAGAGAAAUCUUGUACGAUUGGGACAAAUUAAAUGUGUUUGCAAGGUGGUACCAAGCUACUCACCACAUGGCGUUGGUCAUAUUUGAUCCACGCAGUGACGAGCUCAAGAACAGUUUCACGUCAGCCGUCCUGGACCCUCGACCGACGCCAGGGGAGCUCAAAGACCCAUUCUGGAUCUACCCACGAUUGAUCCAGAAGAUGGUCGAUCUAGAGGAGACCUCUGUCUGGGCAACACGCAGGCUCAUUCGAGACGUGGAGAAGACGAGGGUCAGGCAGGAGAAGAACAAGCAGUCUCUGGAUCCGGGGUACUCGUGGCUGCAUGAAAUCGCGCGACAUGUAAUACACGUUUCAGAAACGCUCAGAGUCGGCGCCGUAUCCGUGGAGAGCAUCCAGAAGCACCAUGAGGAGUUCCUUGAACUACAUGGCAAAUCGCACAGUGGAAUUAGUUCCAUGGCUUCACGCAAUAUUCGCAACCGUCUGGCAUUCUGCCAUCACAUGUUGAGGAGCAGCGCGCACCGAGCGGAGGCGAACAGCGCUCGACUGCAGAGCGAAGUGACGCUGGCGUUUAACAAGGUAUCGCAGGAAGAUUCCAACGUGUCUGUUCAAAUCGCCCACUACACUAGGAACGAUAGUGCGGCCAUGCGUACCAUUGCGGCGGUGACGAUGCUGUUCCUGCCGGCGACAUUCAUCUCAGCCAUCUUCAGUACGACAUUCUUCAAUUCUGACGGUGGUGUCUGGAAAGUCUCGGACAAGUUUUGGAUAUUCUGGGUCGCGGCGGGCUCCGUCACCGCCCUCUCGUUUACCGUCUGGGCAAUGGCUGAGCCUUACUUUCGGCCGAAGCCAAUUGACCCUACUGAGCGUCUCUUUCGGACAUUGCCGCUGGAACAAGAGGCCGAAGUAGAUGAGAAGGGGGUUGUUUAG